AUGCCGAUGAGAUCUUGCGAUCGGUUGCAGGAAGCGCUGCUGCAGUGCCAUCGUCGUAUGCCGGAACCGGCACGGAGAUCCGGUUGCAGACAUUUGAACAAAGCUUUAGCGGAGUGCUUUGUGGCGGAGGCUUGUCCGGAGGAAUUCGAGGUGGUGAGGUCGUUUUGCUCCAGCGGCGGAACUAGCCUUAAGCGCAAACAGUGCGAGGAGGCUCAGUUCUCACUUUCUCUCUGUCUUUCUCGUCAUCAGCGACAAUACGAGCAGCGUUAA